CAGUGAUACAUUGUAACACGGAGAGAAUCAUCAUCAUCAUCAUCAUCAUCAGUGCUACACUGUAACAGCUUCAUUUGAACUUACUGAGUUCCUGCUUAAAGAAGUUUGACUAACGUUUUAUUUCAUCUACCUGCAAACAUUUUGGAUUAUUUGGACACUUUAGAAAGUUUGGACAUCUGAAGUUCUACGGAUGAGACUGUUUCAUCUGGAUAUUUAUCAUUAAUACCUCAGUAAAGGCAUCAGAAUGUUUAUGUGUGUUUUUAAAAACAGCUCGUGUUUGGCUGUGAUGUAUUUGGUGUUCUGCGUGCACGUGAUUGAGUGUCAUGAAUGCUCCCCGUGCGCACUCCGCUCGUGCCCGAGGCUCAGCCCGCUCGGGUGUGAUUCGGCUCGGGUUCUGGCCCGUGACCCGUGCGGCUGUUGUGAGCAGUGCUCUCGGCUCGAGCUCGAGCUGUGUGCUGGUCCGGACUGGACUCUGGGCUACUGCGGGUAUGGACUCACCUGCGCCGCUCUGAACCGCACUGGACCGGCGCUCAUACCUGAGACAGGUGUCUGUAAAGCGUUACCUGACACCACAGAUGAAGAUGAGCGCUGCCUCCUGGUGAGCGGGUGUGAUCACGUGAACGGCGAGUGUGUGUGCGAGUCCAAACACUCCUGUAUCAGGACAUACAGCUAUCUGAACAGAGACGCAUGUGUACACGCCAGGGAAACAGGGUCUCGUCGUCAUGAUCACAGACAUGGGGAGAAGUUUGUCGGUGCUGUUAAUCCGGCGUGCGUGUUCUCUGGUUGUAACCUGACGUCUGCUGGCUGUGUUUGUUCAUCUCAGAGUUGCGACGAUCGUUUCACAUACAUCAACCUCAGUCAGUGUCAGCAAGCCGCAGAGGACAAGAAAUGUGAAGGAGUCUCAUGCCCGCCUCUGCCCACCCCCGAGUGCCCACCUGAUUCAGUACUGACCCGCAGCUACACACCUCCUGCAGACUGCUGCCCGACAUUAUCCGCUCAGUGCACUUGUGCCCAGUGCCCGCCCCCUCCAGACUGUAGCAGCGGGCACAGAGCCGUGCUGGUGAGAGAGGGCACUGGAGCGCCAGGAGACUGUUGCCACAACUACACCUGCCAGAGAGAUUCUCCGCGGUGCGUUCAUAACGGGAAGGAUUUUGCUGAUGGUGAUGUGUAUCGGAUGGACUCGUGUUGGCUCUGUCAGUGUCGGGCUGGAAUAUCAUUCUGCACUAAAGCCGAGUGUGCCAAACUGGACUGUGAUAACUUCUACAUUCCAGAGGGUGAAUGUUGUCCCGUCUGUAUAGAUGUGGAGUUGUUGUCAGUGGAGAGCAUGAAGGCGAGCUGCUGGAUGGAUCAUAAACUGCGAGCUCACGACGAACAGUGGAAAGAAGACGACUGCACGUUCUGUCAGUGUGUGGACGGAGAACCUCACUGUACCGCGAUGGCCUGCAAACAGAGCUGCCAGAACCCCGUUAAAAUCCCUGGAGAGUGCUGCCCAUUCUGUGAGGAACCGUCAUAUGAGACGGUGAGUCCGCUGCUGUGCCCUCCGCUGGAGAACUGCUCUCUCUCUGGGCACGACUGCCCAUACGGCUUCCAGCAGGACCCCAGUGGCUGUCUGCUGUGCCAGUGUGUGAGCAAUGAUACCUGUCCUGUUUUGUCCUCAUACUGUUCUCUGGAGUGUCCUCUGGGAUAUCAGAAAGAUCACUAUGGUUGUGAAGUUUGUGAAUGUAGCGUACCAAAUUGUCGCCCCAUGACCUGCAGCAAGACCUGUCCGUAUGGAUAUGUGAGGAACAAACACGGUUGUGAGAUGUGUCGCUGUGUGAAGUGUCCCCCGUUCACGUGCGACAAACGCUGCAGUGACGGCUUCAGGAAGAACAGGAAGGGCUGCAGUAUCUGUGAAUGUAACGAUUCAGAUCGUCAUGUGAUCAGCACGACGGCCUCCGUUCAGCCGCUGCCCGGUUACUGUCUGACAGGUAGCGGGCGGCGCUUCGAGGAGGGUGACAGCUGGCACGACGGCUGCCGCGACUGUUACUGUCAUUCUGGCCGUGAGAUGUGUGUGCUCAUUUCCUGUUCUGUGCCCACCUGCGCCCACCCUGUGCUCAGACCGCACCAGUGCUGCCCCAGCUGUGAAGAUGAGUCUGGCAGCGGUCAGAUGGCGGGGAUGGAUAUGGUGGUGUGUCGCGCUCCGGACGGGGAACUCUACGUGGAAGGAGAGACGUGGAGUUUGGACGAGUGCACUCGCUGUACCUGCAGACAGGGUCGUGUGCUCUGUGAUUCUGAAGUUUGUCCACCUGUCCUAUGCCACGUGCCAAUUAAAAACAAAGACACCUGCUGUUACACCUGCCCAGAGGACAAACUCAAUCCCCUCCUUCCUGUCAACAAUAGCCAACAGGAAUACUGCAUUUCUACCAAUGGAGAAAUCCUAUUGGCUGGUGACUCGUGGAAGUCCAACGCCUGCACCAGCUGCACCUGUCGCAGUGGGACUGUUGAGUGUUUUUCGCAACACUGUCCACCUGCCAGCUGCAGAGUACCAGUGCUGCGCAAGGGCCAGUGCUGCCCAUACUGCCUGGAGGUCACAACAAUCUCAGUGCCAAUAGUGCUGUCCAACGCAGCGACCAAACCCAACGUCAAAUCCACAGCUACUGUCACAGAAAGUCAGACAGCAUGGAUCACAACAGUUCCUCCAAUCUUUGCAGUUACAGAUGGUAAAGGUCUGUCUAAGGACGUUCCCAGCCAGAUGGAGAUGACUCUCAUCUACCAAUCAGCAGCCUGGAUUCUGGCCGGUAUCCUCUUGGCCAUCGUCAUCUUCCUCAUCGUGGCCGUCCUCAUCAACUGGAGGAAGAACUGGGUGCAAAUGUCCUGCUACAGUGCACCCAAAAAGACGGUGAUCUUGAAGAAGCACGUCAACAAGAACUCGGUCGUGUACAUGGAACCAUCCAAAGAGAACAAGUUCCAGAAUGUGAAGAGCGAUUGUAGUGCGAACUUCCCCCUGGAUGUGGGCUCAUCCUGUCCGGAACGGAUCACCAUCCCACGAGCCAAACUCGGCAAUGGACACGCCAGGGUCCAACGUUAACAUCUCCCACCACAAACAUCUUCCGGAAGGCCUGCAGAGCACUUUCUGUCACUCGCUGUAUCUCCACAUCACACUCUAGAAACUCCAAGCAUAUGCUGGCGAAUCCUGAACGUACUGUUGAUUCAUCAGGAGCAGAGGAAAUAAAUAAGUAUUGUGAAAUGUUUGUGUUUAUGAUGUUUGGAGCUUGAAAACGCUCUCGUGUUUCAGUGGGAACAACAGGUUCAAGGACGCCAAGUUCCGUGCCAUUCCAUGUUGGGGAGACGGCUGAGAAGUUUAGAAUUCAGAUGGACUUUUCGACUGUAGAUGACGCCAUAGAAAAGUUCCUGUUGAAAAACACAUGCGUAAUCAACACACCAGCAGACCAGCUCUCAGGACUGUUGAGUUUCCUGACAGUAAGUUGAUAAAACGGUUUGUUGGGUUCAUGACAUGGACGAAUAAAAAAGUGAGCAGAAAUGUAACCAAGUGAAAUGUAUCUUAUCGUAAUCAAACAUACAUUGAGGCCUUACAGGGCAAACACGUUUCCUGACCUCUUGAUUCUGUUUUGUUAAUUUUUAUAUCAAGUGUUUUUCUUGUAGUUUUCUCGUUGGUCACUUUACUGUGAGAAAUGGCAUUCAUCACUUCCGGUGCUUUAGAUGACAUGUAGAUGUCUUGAGGUCUUGAAGACAGAAGUGCCAUUAGAUUUUUUUCUCAUAAAGUGAUACCCAAUUUCAGUAUUCGUAUUUUCUGUAAGUGAAGCAUUAGUGUAGAUACAUAUGCUCAAUAACUUUAUCUACUGGAAGUUUGGAGAGUGUUUAUCUUUGAAUUGUCUGAUCUUGUUUGCCCUGUUUUUGAGGCUAUAUUUCAAGAUGAUUCUAUACUAUAUUAGCAUUACAUUUUUUUCCAGAAGUCACUUAUGUUGGUCAAGGUUUUCCUUUACUAUACACUAUAAUUCAGACAUUUAAAAUUAUUUCAUAUUGUUGACUUCCUUUAGCAGCUAGUAUCUUAGCAUGAAUUUAUUCAGUGCCAAUUCAUCAUUAUAAUGAAAUCCAGAAAUCUUCAGCCACAACAGUGACACUCGUCAAAGGAGAAUUUGAGUGAAUGCAUUGCAUUGUUUGCAAUUACUAAAUGUACAAAAAAGCAUAGUAGAUGCAAAAGCAUAGUAGAUGAUGAAAGUAUCUUAUUUAUUUUUUCAUGUAGUUAUUUAUUAAUACUAAACCCUAGUUUUCGUAAUUGACAUUAUUGUCUGAUGUUUUGAUGUUGGCAGAGAAACCCAAAGCUGCUGUACAGAUUUUGUAAACUGUUUUGCAUCUGUCUGCUUUAUACUCCCAAACUUAUUUAUUUGACUUGUGCAACGUGUAAAUACAAACCUCUUAGAUGUUUAACUGUAACAUUUACACUUGUUUCUGCAAAUAAAAAGUGUGUGUGAACUAUGUAAGCAUGAUUUUGUUGAUUGAGCCUAUAACAGACACAAGAGCUUUUCUUUUACUCUUGUAACAUACUGUAUAUUAUUCUUGGAAGUUUUUAAAGG